UUUAAUUGGGACGAGACAAAGAACACGAAACACAUCUUUGUUCCUUUCCUCUAAAUUCCAAAUCCAGACUGCCUCUUUAUAGGCUCGCCAACUUUUCUACAAUCUUUUGUCAUCACUAAUCUAGAACCCUCCAUUGCAUCGCAUCGCAUGAUCUUUCUGAUCAGCCAUGGCAACUAUCUCACCCCAACCAACUCUAGACCUCUGGGCCGUUCUCUCUGAAUCGAAGCGAAUCCUCAACGCUCAUUCUCGCCAUUUCCUUGCUCUUUCCGUUCUAUUCCUUCUCCCUCUUUCUUUCUCCUUCAUCGUCUUCCCCACUGUUCAAAACCUCCUCGCUGCUCCAAUCCCUGAUAACUCUAAAAUCUUCCUCAGUUUAACACUUCUGGGUUCUCAAAAUGAUCAACCCUUCUAUUCCACGAACACCCUUUUGCUCUCUCUUGGUUUCGCCAUAUUCGCCUUCGUCUUCUCGCUCUGCGCUGUUGGGUCAAUCACCUACUCCGUCUUCCAUGGCUUCUUUGGUCGACCCGUCAAGCUCUUAUCUGCCAUUAAAUCCGUCUUAGCUUCCUUCUUCCCUCUUCUGGGAACCGCUCUUUUCGUCCAAAUAGUCGUCUCAGUCAUCGUUCUCAUCUUCGGGCUCUUCCUGUAUAUGGUGAUAACUUCAGCUCGGCUAUUGGGGUAUGAGAUCGAGGUCUCAUCUCCAUAUUUCAUCGGAUUAAUUGGGUCCGUCGGAAUCGUUCUAAUGGCGGUUUUGUUGUAUCUGCAAGUAAAUUGGACCUUGGUUUGCGUGGUCGUGGUGGUGGAAUCGAAUUGGGGUUUUGACGCUUUUAGGAGAAGUGCAUGUUUAAUUAAGGGAAUGAAAAGAAUUGGGUUAUCUUUGUCGCUGUUUUUUGGGUUUUUCGUUGGGAUUUUGGCUUGGUGUAGUUCGUUUUCGGCAAUGGGUUUCGAUGAUGAUAGUGCUGAUGGGUGGAGGAGUUGGCAAUUUGUGCUUCAAAUUGUACUGACUUCCACUUUUCUUAUGCUGGUUCUGCUAUACGACGUCGCUGCCACUACUGUUCUGUACAUGUACUGCAAAGCUGUUCAUGGGGAACUAGCUUUGGAAAUUGCUGAAGAGUUUGCUAGAGAGUAUGUUUCCUUGCCCUUUGAUGAUGGAAAAGUUCCCCAUUUAGUUUCGGUUGCCUAUGCUUGAGCGUUGUAAUCAAGGUUAGUCGACUCUCUAAGUUCUCUACCUGAAAUUUUCUUGUAUUUCCAUUCCUAGUUUUGUUGACUCUUUUACUUGUCAGUGUCGUUUUGUAUUUGUAAAAUGUGAUGUAAAUUAUGACAGUGAAAAACAAAGAAAGGUUAAGUAAUAUAGUGCGAAUGAUAUGAAAUCAUUGAGCUUUUUGUAUGACCAUUUGGAUUGGAUGUGAAUGGAUAAUAUGCGUUCAUGGUA